UACCAGUACCUUGCGCCCCUGGCAAGAGACUUCACGUCGCACCCCUCAUGUCCUUGCGAGACAGGUCUGUCUCUGUAGACGUCAAGCGAGCUUUCAAGCUUCACUGGCGGCGCAAGGCACUGUGACCAGUUGAGCAGGCAUGUCGUGCAUCACUCGGUCAGGAUGCGUCUGGACCAUGAUCACACCGUGCAGGUGCGUCGUUCCUUUCCUUCAGUCGACCUCAGAGUGCAUGGCCUCUCGUCUGGGCCCGCUGACACUCGAAUGUCUGCAGACGUGGGACUCGCAGCACGAGCCCAAUGGCUUGACAAGAAGCGUACAGGCUAUGCGGGAGGGAGAUGGAUGGAUCGUGGCAGUAUCGAAGGUAUGACCAUUGCGGGAU